AUGUUUUCAAGAAGGCAUUUAAAAAAUCCUAAACAAAAACAGCAACAAAAACAACGUCAACAUCAACAACAACAACAGGAGCGCCAACAACAGCAAUCAACACGAGAACGAACAGAGCGUCAACAAAAACAACUAGAAUAUCAACAACAGCGACAAGAGCGCCAACAACAGAAACAACAACAACAGCAAUCAACACGAGAACGAACAGAGCGUCAACAAAAACAACUAGAAUAUCAACAACAGCGACAAGAGCGCCAACAACAGAAACAACAAGAACAGCAAUCAACACGAGAACGAACAGAGCGUCAACAAAAACAACUAGAAUAUCAACAACAGCGACAAGAGCGCCAACAACAGAAACAACAACAACAGCAAUCAACACGAGAACGAACAGAGCGUCAACAAAAACAACUAGAAUAUCAACAACAGCGACAAGAGCGCCAACAACAGAAACAACAAGAACAGCAAUCAACACGAGAACGAACAGAGCGUCAACAAAAACAACUAGAAUAUCAACAACGACAAGAGCGCCAACAACAAAAGCAACGAUUACAAUAUCAACAGGAAAAAUGUCAAUCUCAACACUUGGAGCAACUGAAAACGACGAAAACGAAGAAGGAUGAAAUUAAUACCAGUUCAGGACGAAUAAGUGAACGUCUAAUAAUACGUACGUCUACGCCUACAGGUCAACGAUUACGCUACGUUGUCACUCGACCAUUUCUAUCAGCUGAACCACGGCGACCAUCAUAUCAUUCAAAAUGUUAUCAUAAAUGUCACUGUAAUGAUCCUUCUACUUCUACAAAUUUCAACAAAAAUUGCUCAACAGCAGCUGAUAUUUUAACUAAUCAGAAACCUUAUCAAUUAUCAUCAUCCAUCAAUGAUAACUCAUAUAAUUUAUUUAAUCAAAACAAUUACAAAAUAUUUAUGGAAACAUUAUCACCAAAGAAUACAAACACAAAUAAUGAUAAAAGUAAAAGCGAUGUAGAAUUAAUUACUUCAAAUUAUCAUAAUCAAAGAACUGAUAAAAAUAGCAAGAAAAAUACAACUUUUUGCUCAUUUGCGCGACAAUUUCGUGAAACGCAAUCGAUGAAUUAUGAUAAUUCAAAAUUAAUAUUUCAAUCUCAUUUAACCACUAUUCUACCACAAAUAUCAACAAUUAAUUCUAAAAUAACAACUACAAAUUGUUUAAAUAAUAUUGACAAAAGUUCAUUGCCAGUAAUCAACAAAUCUCGACAAAAAGUUAAAAAGUGUGGCGUUUUCUACGAACAAACGCAAUCGUUAUCACCAUUAUCUGUAAGUGAUAAAGUACGAUUUCGUCGACGUGAAAGUGAAAAUAACAACAAAGAAUUGAAAUUUGGGAUGCCAUCACGAUGUCUUUCCACUCCUCAAUCAUUAAAUCGAAGCAUUCCAUCUACUUACGACAGUAAUCAGCUUACUGCUACACGUUCCACGUCAUAUAUUGAUGGUUUACCUGAGCCUACAUUAUCCAGUGGUAGUCGAACAGCUAUCGUUGGUCCUAAUACAGUACAUCGAAGUCGAGAAGGAUCAGAAUAUGAUUAUGGUAUAACUGAUGAAAGAGGUGAUAUACGAGCUUACUAUAGCAGUGAUAUUACUCGAGCAUAUACAUCACCUUCAACACCUCUCUCUCGAUAUGAUUGUGGUGAUCCGCCACCAUAUUAUUGUCAUAGGCGAAAUACUCAACCAGAAGAUGGUCUGGUAUAUCCACUCUGUUCAACACCAUUAUCUCGUAGUCCACGUUGUGAAUUUUCACAAAUAACUUCAACAAUUGAUGGUUCAAUGUUACCUCGUACUAAUCGACCACGUGAAUUACGAAUUACGCCAUCGUCAUCGUUAGUGAUGCGUACAAAUGAUAGUAGUGGUAAUGGUAGUAAUACUGCAACAUCGAAACAAACUGCUACUAUGUAUUCGACCUCAUUUCGUUCGCACGGUGCAUCAGGAAAUACAACGCCUGCUAGCAGUGGUGCAAGUACAUCAGCUGUAGUUGAUGAAAUAGUACCAAUGAAUUCGACAACAAAUUCUCGAAAGAUGAUGGUAGCUCCACAACCACAGAAUUCAUAUCAUCGAGAGCGUGGUGAUUCCAAUCAUAAAAGUUCACUUCAUACCCAACAGCGACGACAAAGUGGGGGUGCAUUAAUACCCGCAUAUCAUAUUUCAUCGUUUGCUGAUAAUUGGCGAUCUCGAGAUCGUGAUAAUUCAUCAGCUGAUCAACAAAUAAUUGUUGAUGAUCGUCGUACAAAAAAUAAUAACGAUAUGCGGGUAGCAGUCUUAGAGCAACGUGUACGAGAAUUAGAAGCUGCGGUUAUUCCUGGUCAAGCACCAUCAACAUCAUUAUCUGCUACUUCCUUUAUCAUUCCUGUCGUAAAUUCCAAAAAUUCAUCACGUAUUCUUCGUUCUGCUUCGGGUCAGUUCGUAGUUUCAGCUGCAACAACACCAGUAACUCAACAACUUAUGGCACAAGAGGUGGUCGAUAAAGAAAUUGAAGUUGAAAGGCUACAAUCACAGUUGCGCAAAUGUUAUUCACGAAUGGAAUUACGCCAAGUACAAUACGAUGAAGAAGUAAAUACAUUUCGUCGUGAAUCUGAAGAAGCUAAAUUGCAAUUAACAAAAGUGAAAGCUCGAUUAGCUGAAUUGGAAAAAGAAUGUGUUGCAUAUCGUGAAAAAGCAAUGGCUGUUGAUGCUAAUCGUAACAGUGCUGUUGCAUCAUCAUUAGAAAAAAUCUCUACACAGGAGCGAGAAAUUGCAAUGUUAAGGAGUGAUUUGGAGCGACAUAUGCAAUUAGUGAAAAAUUUGGAACGAAUUAAGAAGGAAUAUGAAUUUUUGGAAUUACAGAAUGAAGCAUUGAAUGCAAAACUUGAUUCGAAGGAAGCAACCAUUCGAGAUCUCGAGGAUAGCAUUCAUACGAUGAAAAUGGAUGCAUCUCGUAAAAUGGAAAGUGGUUCGGUGACACCAAAAGCAGAUGCUUUCUCUGUAUUUGAUAUUGAACCAACGAAAUUUCUAAGCAAUUCAAAGGAUUCAAAUACGAAAAGCGAUCGAUCCUUGCAUCCAUCAUCACCAUCCGGUUUAGAAUCAUCAAAACGAGUGGACAAAUCAUCAUCUGUAAUAUUAUCUGAUUCGGAAAAUGAUGACAAAAUUCAACUUUCUGCAUCAACGUCAAAAUUACUUCGAAUUCAGUUGAAUAAAAUAUUGGAAUGUCGAUUACUGGCUAAAUGUUUAAAGGAUGUAGCUGCAAAAGCAAUUAGCGGUGAUGCACCAAGUGUUAAUCGUUUACUAGGAUGUCGAAGUGAUUCGAUGUCAGAAUCAGAAUCAGAACCAGUACUGAAUGAUGGAAAUGUAAUGUCAUCAAAUUGUGCUGAACGACAUAUUAGAAAGAUUACGGAUGAUUUGGAGCGAAUUGAGAAAGAUUUAAAUUCAUUACGUGAAUGUUUCGUGGAAUAUUAUCAGAAGAAAAUUGCAGAUGAAUUGAAAGAGGAUGAAUCAUGUCGUAUUCAAUAA